AGCCCGGGAGUGGAUUGUCAAAUUCGAUUUUUUCCCCCCGCUAAAUUUUUGGUGGUGGUGGCGGUGGGCUGGGGGAGGGGAGCCCCGGAGCCCGCCCUCUCUCCGCCACCACCCCCCUUCCUCGGCUCCGGGAGAUGUGCCGGGCGGGGGGCCCGGGGACGAGAAGCCGCAGGAGAGAGGAGAGGACUGGCGAGGAGAGCGAGCCGCCCCUGGACAGGCUGUCUGUCUGUGUCAUCCUGUUCACCUGGUGAUGCGGGGCAAGGCCCCCUGUGCCCACCUGUUCUCAGCCAUGGCCCGCCUGGCCCCUGCCCUCUGGAGUCUCUGUGUCACUGCUGUCCUGGUUACCUCAGCCACGCAAGGCCUGAGCCGAGCUGGGCUCCCCUUUGGCCUGAUGCGCCGGGAGCUGGCGUGUGAGGGCUACCCCAUCGAACUCCGAUGCCCAGGAAGCGAUGUCAUCAUGGUGGAGAAUGCCAACUAUGGACGUACAGAUGACAAGAUUUGUGAUGCUGACCCCUUCCAGAUGGAGAACGUUCAAUGCUACCUGCCCGAUGCCUUCAAGAUCAUGUCCCAGAGGUGUAACAACAGAACUCAGUGCGUGGUGGUGGCCGGUUCUGAUGCCUUCCCAGACCCCUGUCCUGGGACCUACAAGUACCUGGAGGUGCAGUACGACUGUGUCCCCUACAAAGUGGAGCAGAAAGUCUUCGUGUGCCCUGGGACUCUUCAGAAGGUGCUGGAGGCCACAUCUACACAUGAGUCAGAGCACCAAUCAGGGGCAUGGUGUAAGGACCCGCUACAAGCUGGGGACCGCAUCUAUGUGAUGCCCUGGAUCCCCUACAGAACAGACACACUGACCGAAUAUGCAUCAUGGGAGGAUUAUGUGGCUGCCCGCCACACCACCACCUACCGCCUACCCAACCGUGUGGACGGCACAGGCUUUGUGGUCUACGAUGGUGCUGUCUUCUACAAUAAGGAACGAACUCGAAACAUUGUCAAGUAUGACCUACGGACGCGUAUCAAGAGCGGGGAGACGGUGAUCAACACUGCCAACUACCAUGAUACCUCACCCUAUCGCUGGGGGGGCAAGACAGAUAUUGACCUUGCAGUGGACGAGAACGGGCUGUGGGUCAUUUAUGCCACAGAAAGCAACAAUGGGCGGCUGGUGGUAAGCCAGCUCAACCCCUACACCCUGCGCUUUGAGGGUACUUGGGAAACAGGCUAUGACAAGCGAUCAGCCUCCAAUGCCUUCAUGGUUUGUGGGGUCCUCUACGUGCUGCGCUCAGUGUAUGUGGAUGAUGACAGCGAGGCUGCUGGCAACCGAGUCGACUAUGCCUUCAACACCAAUGCCAACCGAGAAGAGCCCGUCAGCUUGGCAUUUCCCAACCCUUACCAGUUUGUCUCCUCAGUUGAUUACAAUCCCCGUGACAAUCAACUUUAUGUGUGGAACAACUACUUUGUGGUGCGCUACGGUCUUGAGUUUGGACCACCAGACCCCAGUGCUGGCCCAGCCACUUCACCCCCCCUCAGCACAACAACCACAGCCCGACCCACCCCAUUGACAAGCACAGCCUCACCUGCUGCUACCACACCUCUCCGCCGAGCACCCCUCACUACUCACCCUGUGGGUGCCAUCAAUCAGCUGGGACCUGAUGUGCCACCUGCCACAGCACCAGCUCCUAGCACUCGAAGACCCCCAGCCCCCAACCUGCACGUGUCACCUGAGCUAUUCUGUGAGCCCCGGGAGGUUCGGAGGGUCCAAUGGCCAGCCACCCAACAAGGCAUGUUGGUAGAAAGGCCUUGCCCCAAGGGCACACGAGGAAUCGCUUCCUUCCAGUGUCUACCAGCCCUUGGGCUCUGGAACCCCCGAGGCCCGGAUCUCAGCAACUGUACUUCCCCUUGGGUCAACCAGGUGGCCCAGAAGAUCAAGAGUGGUGAGAACGCAGCCAACAUUGCUAGUGAGCUGGCCCGCCAUACCCGGGGUUCUAUCUACGCGGGUGAUGUCUCAUCUUCAGUGAAGCUAAUGGAGCAGCUGCUGGACAUCCUGGAUGCCCAGCUGCAGGCUCUCCGGCCCAUCGAGCGUGAGUCAGCUGGCAAGAACUACAACAAGAUGCACAAGCGAGAGAGGACCUGCAAGGACUAUAUCAAGGCAGUAGUGGAGACAGUGGAUAACCUGCUUCGCCCAGAGGCCUUGGAGUCAUGGAAGGACAUGAAUGCCACAGAACAAGUGCACACAGCCACCAUGCUGUUAGACAUCCUGGAGGAGGGGGCCUUCUUGCUAGCUGACAAUGUCAAAGAACCAGCUCGAUUUCUUACUGCAAAGCAGAACGUAGUGCUCGAGGUUACCGUGCUGAACACCGAGGGUCAGGUACAAGAACUGGUGUUCCCUCAGGAGUACCCCAGUGAAAACUCCAUCCAACUUUCUGCCAACACCAUCAAGCAGAACAGCCGUAAUGGGGUGGUGAAAGUUGUCUUCAUUCUUUAUAACAACCUGGGCCUCUUUCUGUCCACGGAGAAUGCCACAGUGAAGCUGGCAGGUGAGGCAGGCUCCGGGGGCCCUGGGGGAGCUGCGUUAGUGGUGAACUCUCAAGUCAUUGCAGCCUCCAUCAACAAAGAAUCUAGCCGUGUGUUCCUCAUGGACCCAGUCAUCUUCACUGUGGCCCACCUAGAGGCCAAGAACCACUUCAAUGCCAACUGCUCCUUCUGGAACUACUCAGAGCGUUCCAUGCUGGGCUACUGGUCGACCCAGGGCUGUCGUCUGGUGGAUUCCAACAAGACCCAUACCACCUGUGCCUGCAGCCACCUCACUAACUUUGCCGUGCUCAUGGCUCACCGUGAGAUCUACCAAGGUCGGAUCAAUGAGCUGCUGCUGUCUGUCAUCACUUGGGUGGGCAUCGUGAUCUCCCUUGUCUGCCUGGCUAUCUGUAUCUCCACCUUCUGCUUCCUUCGGGGGCUACAGACUGACCGAAACACCAUUCACAAGAAUCUUUGCAUCAACCUCUUCCUGGCUGAGCUGCUCUUCCUUGUCGGCAUCGAUAAGACCCAAUAUGAGAUCGCCUGCCCCAUCUUUGCGGGGCUCCUGCAUUACUUCUUCCUGGCAGCCUUCUCAUGGCUGUGCCUGGAAGGCGUGCAUCUCUACUUGCUGUUGGUGGAAGUGUUUGAGAGCGAGUAUUCACGCACCAAAUACUACUACCUGGGAGGCUACUGCUUCCCAGCCCUGGUUGUGGGCAUCGCUGCCGCCAUCGACUAUCGCAGCUACGGCACCGAGAAGGCCUGCUGGCUCCGAGUAGACAAUUAUUUCAUCUGGAGUUUCAUUGGACCUGUCUCGUUUGUCAUUGUGGUGAACCUGGUGUUCCUCAUGGUGACCCUCCACAAGAUGAUCCGUAGCUCCUCCGUGCUCAAGCCUGACUCUAGCCGCCUGGAUAACAUCAAGUCUUGGGCCCUGGGAGCCAUUGCCCUCCUCUUCCUACUGGGUCUCACCUGGGCCUUUGGCCUCCUCUUCAUCAACAAGGAGUCAGUGGUCAUGGCCUAUCUCUUCACCACCUUCAAUGCCUUCCAGGGGGUCUUCAUCUUUGUCUUUCACUGCGCUCUGCAGAAGAAGGUGCACAAGGAGUAUAGCAAGUGCCUGCGCCACUCCUACUGCUGCAUCCGACCACCCCCUGGAGGCGCUCACGGCUCCCUCAAGACCUCUGCCAUGCGCAGCAACAACCGCUACUAUACUGGGACCCAGAGCCGAAUUCGAAGGAUGUGGAAUGACACCGUGAGGAAGCAGACAGAGUCAUCCUUCAUGGCUGGAGACAUCAACAGUACCCCAACCCUGAACCGAGGCACCAUGGGGAACCACCUGCUAACAAACCCUGUACUGCAGCCUCGAGGUGGGACCAGCCCCUACAAUACCCUCAUUGCUGAGUCUGUGGGCUUUAACCCUUCCUCACCCCCUGUCUUCAACUCCCCAGGGAGCUACCGGGAGCCCAAACACCCUCUAGGAGGCCGGGAUGCAUGCGGUAUGGACACCCUUCCACUGAAUGGUAACUUUAACAACAGCUACUCCUUACGAAGCGGCGACUUCCCCCCCGGGGAUGGGGGUCCAGAACCACCCCGAGGACGAAACUUGGCUGAUGCUGCUGCCUUUGAGAAGAUGAUCAUCUCAGAGCUGGUGCACAACAAUCUCAGGGGUAGCAGUGGGGCAGCCAAGGGCCCCCCACCCCCUGAGCCCCCGGUGCCACCAGUGCCAGGUAGUGGUGGGGAUGAAGAGGCAGGGGCGCCCGGAGGGGCUGACCGGGCCGAGAUCGAACUGCUCUACAAGGCCCUGGAGGAGCCCCUACUGCUGCCCCGGGCCCAGUCGGUGCUGUAUCAGAGUGACCUGGACGAAUCAGAGAGCUGUGCGGCUGAGGAUGGGGCAGUCAGCCGACCCCUCUCCUCCCCUCCUGGCCGGGACUCGCUCUAUGCCAGUGGGGCCAACCUUCGGGACUCGCCCUCCUACCCGGACAGUAGCCCAGAGGGGCCUAGUGAGGCCCUUCCUCCACCCCCUCCGGCCCCACCUGGUCCUCCUGAAAUCUACUACACCUCCCGCCCGGCCCUGGUGGCCCGGAACCCCCUGCAGGGCUACUACCAGGUGCGGCGGCCUAGCCACGAAGGCUACCUGGCUGCCCCAGGCCUGGAGGGGCCAGGGCCUGAUGGUGAUGGCCAGAUGCAGCUGGUCACCAGCCUCUGAGGGGCCCCAUGGACUCAGAGGGCUGGGUGGCCCAGUGCCAGGGGAGGGGGACCCUGGGUAGGGGAGGACUUUGGGGGAUAGAGGGUGAACUAAAUGGAGUGUGAGACAGGCUGUCCUCUCCAUAUGUACCCCUCACCUAUGGGCCCUACCACUCCCCUUUUAGGGGACUCUGAGGAGGCAGGGUCCCUGAUGUACAGGGUACACAGGAGUUCCCGACAGCCACAUGCACCAGCUGUUUUGGGGGAGUGAUGUGGGGGUAAGCUGAGGGCCCCCUGGGGGUAGAUGGGCAAGAAGUUGGAGGAGCACAGGCCCUCCUAGAUUCCUUGCCCAGGGGUAAAGCGGUUGCCAAGACCCCACUUUGCCAAACCUUUCAGUGGCUCCUCUCUGCAGCCAGAAGAAGCCCCACCCCAAGGAAGAAUUUCAGGGCAAAGGACAGAUGGACAGCCUUCUGUGUAUCCUCCUACUCCCCUGAAACUGGGGGUUCUAGCCCAAGGGAAAGCCCCAGGAGGGAAAUUGAGGGGUGCGGCUGGAGGUUUAAAUGUUGAACUUUCUUCUGAGCCAACUACCCCUCAUUCCCUCCCUGGAAGCAAGCCUGCUCUGAGCUCCCCCCUAAGACUGCACCCACUGACCCCCCCCAGGGUGACUCCUGACUAAGCACAACCCCCCAUGGGGCCCCUAGCCCAUGGGGGUGACCCCCUCGGGGGGGCAGCUCCCAGAUCUCUGGGGAGUAGAUUCUGGGUCUGGAACUCUCCCUGGGGCGGGGGGCCUCUUCACCCUUCCCCUCCUCCCCCAUUGCUGUAAAUAUUUCAACAAAAUGGAAAAGAAAAAAAAUUACAAAAAAAAAUCUCAUCACUUGAAGCCACUGGGAGCCCGCAGCCCAGGCCGGCUCCGGCUCUCCACCAGCCGGAGCACCCACCCACCCACCUGCCCACCCACCCACCUACCCACCCAGCAGCCAAGACUUCUCUCUGCUUGCGCGUGCAUCCUGGCCAGGUUGGAGUGGGGGCCUCCAUGGCAGCUUUUUACAAUCAAAAGACAGAAAAAAACAAAACAAAAACAAGAAGCAAAAGAGACACAACCUUUUUCCUUCCUGGCACCACGUUCCUGUCGUUUCCCUCUGAAUCCGGUCCCUAGCAUCAUCUCUCCUGGGGCACGUGUCCCACCGCCUGCUCUAGGAAUGGGGAUCCAUUUUCCUUUCCUUGCCCCUCCCUCCCUGCCAAGGGGAGACCCCUCUGACCCAAAGAUGCUUUCCUGAGGUGGCUACACCAUCUUUUUAAGUUCUGUUAACUGCAAAUUGCUUCUGGGCCUCAGGACCAGCAAAGGGAUAAAGGCGUCAUUUUUCUGUCUAGAGGGGCUAAUGGAAGAGUUUAAAAAAAAUGGCAAAGGCCCCCAGUCCCCGGGUGCUGGAGUAGGGAAGGGUAAGAUGGGAGUUUUAUGUCCAUGUUUGGGGUCAGGAUAUGGAACGGUGGCGCUUGCCCUGUCUGGAAAGCGUGAGAGGUCCCCAGCGGGGAAGGCAUCAGAGGACGCUCCAGCCAGGCUGUUUCUCCAAAACUCCUACACUUCUUAGAAGCUGGUUUUCGGGGGGAAUCUGCUCAUGCGUGCCUCUCCCUGCUAGAUUCUCUUUUCCUCUCUAACCUUUUCUCACCAUCCUCACCUAAGGGCUCCUCUCCAUGCCUCUUGGGGUAGGAAUGGGACAGCCCAGCUGUGCAGUGUUGCUACAAUGCCCUGGUCCCUGGAGUCCCUUGUGGCCAUUUCCCCAAAGGGUGGCCCCUCCCCAUUCCGGCUCCCUCCACCUCAUACCCUCCCCCUACCACUUUUCUCACAAGUGCCAUGAGUUUUCUAACAUCUUUGGGUCUCAGCCUGCUGCUGCCAUUAACUUCUUGGUUUGGGGGACAGGAGCUCCAGGGAGUAAUUGGGGAAUAAGUAUGUGUGGUAGGAGGAGAGAAUGGGGGUCUUGGGGGAAUCCUUUUUGCUGCUAGAAACCCCCUCCCUCCUCCUGGGGAGCUGGGGCUGGCUUGUCCCCAUCAUGUGGGGGAGAAGGGGUCAAACCAAAGAAUGGUGGCUUUGUCCCACAUUGGGGGCAGGGUGGGGAGGAUGGUGAGAAGGAGAACCUGGUUGGUCUCCAUCUCUUGCUCUCCUAGGUAAGACUGAGAGUGACCCUGUGUUGGAAGUGCUAAAUUCACUUCUCCAGGAGCCCCUGGGUUGAAUGGCAGUGAGGUCAGGUUGGGGAAGGCAAGGACCAUCCAAAGGCCUGCAUCACCAUUUCCCCCACGCAACAUUCCCCUCUUUCUGCGCUUGGGAGAGAUUUCAGGCAGGAGCUACCCCCAGUGACCUCUGUCUCGAUUCCCUGAUUGUGGCAAAGGGCCACCUAGGUGGGGGAGGGCUGUGAGAAGCUCAGUUGGGGAGGGGGGAAGGAGAGAUAGUGAAGGGAUGUGACUGAUGAGGGAGCUGGCGGGUGGAAGGCCUAGAGGGCCCCCUACCCUUCCUGCCCCAAACUUGGGGCAGCCGUAUGACACCAGCUGGGGAUUGGGAACUCCUGGGUUUCUGUGGAACCUGAAGGAAUGUAAGGAGUCCUGCUUCCCCCCCCCACACCCCCACCCUCCCCUUAUCUCCCCAGACACGGACAAUCAUGGGGGUAGGGUGAAGUGAGUCAGUAGGUUCCCAUCUAGCAAGGACAGGGAUAGCAACAGGAAGGGUUCCUAGGCCUCACGGCUGCAUGGCAGGGCCCCCUGGUGGGGAUACAGAAACCAUCGCAGCCCAGCUCCAAGCCACCCUAGAGAACCCAACUGUUCCCCCACCCCAACUAGCCCUGGUGCCUUGACACCCCCACCCCAGCUGGGACAGGACCCACUGUAUAGAGAAGGUUCUUGGUUUCCUCCCCUACUCUCCUCUCCCUGGGCUCAUGAGUUCCUUCCCUCUUAAAAUUUUGUGGGAGGCAGUUUCUGGAUUUUCAUUUCUCUUGGUUCCCUUGCCUUCUUUCCCUUUUUUCUGUCUCUGCCUCUCUCGCCUUCUGUCUGUCUUUCUCCUCUGUGUCUCUCCCAUCUGUCUUGUCUUCCUCUUACCCUUCUUUUCACCCUUGCUUUCUCUCUGUCCGUUUGGGCUUCCCUCCUCCUGUCCUCCUGCCACCCACCUGCCCCACCUUGGUCUCCUCCUUUUCGAUAUGCCAAACCAAUUUUGGGUCGAGUGCAUUUAACGAGAACAAAACAAAAGACUCAUAAAGACAACCAGUACGUUUCAAAAAAAAAAAGAAAA